CGUUUGGCAAAAAGAUGGUGUAAACAUGGAUAGGAACCUCAUCCUUCAUGUUUAAGAAUGUCAUUCUUACAACUUUUUGCUAUUGACUAUGCUGACUAGGACAGAUAGAAGUCUCAAUCAUGGAGGACACAAGCUUGUCUAUCACUCAGGCUUCACAGAUAUGUCCCAGAUAUAUUAAGCUUGAACUCCCAUCAUCUCCCAGACCAGCCAGCAUUGUUAAGUACCAAGUUAGGAAAAUUGCCCUAGUUGUGAUCUUGGCACGAUAUGUAACAUGGGAGUAUCUGAACUCUCUUGUGUGACUACCACAGUCCCACAAUGCACAGUUGGAAUGCAUGAGUAGACCACUGCUGAUUGGCAUGGAUUGAGACCUGGUAUUUCCCAACUGCUUUGCUAGCCUUCUGACAAGCCAAGAUUAAUGGAGUCGCCCAGCCAUUUAUGGGGUUACCAAACCAUCAUUAUGGCACAAAAUGCCUGUCUGCAUUAGUGAUUUAUCACCACUCUUAUGCCUGAGUGAGUAGUGUGGGAAUCUCCUAACUCAAUUCUUAAUCAUGUAUUCUGGAUACAUCUGUGUUCGACUGGUGGUUGCAGCAUUCAUCAUGCAGACUGAAUAAGGAAUGCAGGCUAUCUGAAAACCUGUUUGUUGCAUAUUCUUAGACCUGGGGUCAUUUCUUUCUGCUUCAUACUUGACUUAUUUUUAUUGCCAAAGACCUCCAAUAUUACACCAUGCAUAAAUAUUGGCUUCUUGUGCCUAGAAAUUUUAUAAAUCUUUCAGACAAAUCUUUCACAGCAGAGCUCUGUCCCACAAAUCCCAAUUUGUGGGAUUGCUUUGAAGGAAACAGACUCAUCUGGUCCUUAGAGGUUCCACACAGAACCAUAGUGGGUAUUAGAGUAUAACCAAGUGAAAUGGAGACUCCCAAAAGGAGGCAGAAUGAUAUCAGGCUCCUGCCUAAGAAAAAGAGGAGGGUGCGGAAAAAAACAAUUGUCAAUAUGGCACAGGGAGCCAUUAACUGUUGCUGGUAAUGUAAGCAGCGGAUUAGCUGAGCAUUUAUUUAUCUUAUAUUCAGCAAGAGACAUAAGAGUCUUAACUGGGCCAUGUCUUAACAGCUUACACUGCUAUAUUAUUGUUGCUUCUAAGCAGCAGAGUCCAAAUGAAAUGGCUUUAUACUUCAUGAUUUAGGAACAUGCAUGUUUUUUUUCCAGGCUACUUGCCUGUUUUCCUGCUGUCACUUCACUCUGAAACAAAGAUUUGUGCCCAGGAAUUUAUUAGACAUUAGAUGAGGAAGAUGCAAAUGUACAGCCUUGCAAUGCACACCUCGGACAGAAAAUAGUAGUUCCAGAAAAUAGGCCCAUUGAUUUACUGCUAUGAAGUGCACUGGGCCUUUGGAAAGCCAGAAUCUUGCUUUGGUGUUGGAGCAUGCUCUAGCAAGGGAAGGAAAGUUAUGGAAAGCACCAGUCUUCCAAGAUUCCACACUGAAGGGCACAGAUAUUUCUCCACUGUCUUAUGGAGAAGCUGUUAUGUGGAUUGGAAAGUUAAGCUCACUCUUUCAGUUUUGCUUUCAAACAUUUUCCUUGGCUGUCAGCUUUCUGAACCGGUUGUUGGCAUCAGUAAAGGCACAGUUAAAACAUCUCCGUUGCAUCGCAAUUGCUUGUCUGCUUCUAGCAGCAAAAAUCAAUGAAGAAGAUGAGAUAAUACCAUCAGUAAAGAAGCUGGCGGUGCAGAGUGAUUGCAAAUGUUCUCCAGCUGAGAUUUUGAGAAUGGAAAGGAUUAUACUUGAUAAACUUCACUGGGAUCUUUACACAGCAACAUCAAUGGAUUUCUUACACAUUUUCCAUGCCAUGGUGAUGUCCAAGUGGCCCCAACUACUAACUAGGCUGCCUCAGAGGAAUCCUUCCCGCCACGUUGCGUUCUUGACCAAACAGCUACAGCACUGUAUGGCCUGCCACCAAGUGUUGCAGUUUAAGGGUUCCACACUGGCCUUGGUGAUCAUCACCUUAGAGUUGGAGAGGCUGACUCCUGAUUGGUUUCCUGUAAUUACCGAUCUGCUAAAAAAAGCACAGAUCGAUAGCACCAAAUUUAUCCACUGCAAAGAACUUGUUGAUCAACAGGUCUUGGGCUUCCAGCUACCCAACGCUGUCUACAUUUUCAACCCUGCAAAUCAAAAUAUCCAAACUCACCUGGCUGAAGCAUUACCCUGCUGUUAUUCGAUAGCAAAGGAAGAAAUGCAGUUUAACACACAAACCACACUUCUCAGAGUCAAUGUUUGUGAAGAUGACCUGCAGACCGAUGAAUUCUAUGAUGGAUUCAAGUACCUGUACAAUGAAGGUGGGACCUCAGAAGCUGGACAGAACAGCAAUAUGGGAAGUGGUGAUAUUCAGGGGCCAGAGGAAAGGAUCAGCACUUGUCCACCUUUACAACCUGCCCCUCAUAUCGAUUAGAGAAGCCUAUAUAAGCAAAAGGGACCAAACACCCGACAAAGCCAAUGUUAUUUCUAAUAUUUCAUCAGUGAGAACUAUGUAUUAAUCCAAAGUACUGCCUACACUGUAGCUUUCAACUCUCCAUUUUUUAAAAAGUUUGAGCAAACUUUUUUUGAUUAGAUCAAAAUAUAAAUGUAAAAAAGACAUCCAUUUGGACUAUGAGUAGCUGCAAGGCAAAACCUCAGGCGAUUAAGAUGUCCUAUGCUUAGAAAUAUUGAUCGGGAAAGAAUAGGAGCUUGCUAAACUUCUUAGGACAGCUUAAGAUGUUUGUUGUUAUUCAGACACUAGCUUGGUUCUCCUACCAUUUGUUGAACUUUUGCAUAUGAGUUCUCUUGUCUGAGGCUACGUUCUGCAGGUCUGAAAUGUUAAGGACUGGAGCAGAAAGUUACCUGAUAGCAAUCAACUAAAUCACCACUUGGCCACCACUUAGCUGAGUUCAAUUACUAGUGAAAUUACGGUACAGGAAUAGCGGAGGCUUAGUGAGUAGUGUAACUUUUCUGGUUGUUGACUGAUGAUCUGAACUCAGCACUGGAAUGGUCAGCACACUUCACGGUAGAAUCCAAAGAUUUUCAGUUGAUGGCCAGGCCAUACAGGUGAGCAAUUUUUUUUUAAUUUUUACACUGCUUAAUGCCACAGCCAUGGCUUUCCAUCCCCAUAUAAAUAGAAAAAUUCAUCCAGGUAGAAAGUUCCCCUUUGAAAAAAGAAACAUAGGCCUUGGACAUUGAUCCCACAAACAUGGGAAAAUCCUUCUCCCCUUCCCAUCUGCACUGUUAUGUAAACAGAGAUGAAUAUACACUAUUUUAUGAGAUCUCAGAAGGACAGGAAGUGAAGCAGGAUUUCUAUUGAUCCAGGGCUAAUUUUUUGUCCUUAGAUGAUGCAUUACCAUCCCAUAGUACAUUGGCGUUACAGUGCCUACAGAUAUGGUCUGUCUUUUCAAAGUUCUUAAUUUUUGAGCAGGAGCUUGAACAUGAUUGGCUUCUUUCGAUUCUAUGACUGUGAGUUAUAUACAUACAUGCAUGUCAAUAGAACUGGUGCUGAGAGGCUAAUAUUUUGGGAUAAUGCUGGUUCUCUAGCAUCUUAUAUAUUCCCACCUGAGGCCUAAAACUAUCUGAUAAAUAAGAAUGGGUGCGUAGUUUUUUUUUCAAGUAUAUUCAGCUGUCCAAAUACUAAGGAGUGUCCUGAAGGAUGAAAAAUGGUUGCAGGGAACAACAAAGUGGUUUGGCUAGAAGAGCACAGGUAUGUGUUAACUGGUUUGCUCUUCAUUUGAUGUACAUUUUUGUCUUUCAGCUUAUGCACAUUUCUCUGAACACCAUGAAAUGGUGCUCAGCCCCCACACUGGUUUGUAUUCUAUUUCCAUGGAGAAAUUAAUUGUCUCUGAGCCUCAUCAGUUUUAUAUUCUGUAAACUGGAUGUUGGGGCAGAAAACUUCCAGUAAGAGUAUUAAUAUAUUUAGGUACUCAGAUACAUCCUUAGUUCUUAGCAUGGCUACGCAUGCUUCAAAAAUAAUUUGAAGAUAAUUUGAAGAAGUGUGUGCACAAUCGCAGCAUCUCUCUGCUAUUCAUUAAUGCAGACUUUUUCCAGCUGCUGCAUGGGACUGAAAAAUGUGUUUGUGUUCAGAGCUGCAGUAAGUUUAAUGAGCCAGCUUUUUAAAGCAGUACCAUCUCUUUUUCAUCCUUGUGCAGCAUACUUGAUGUGGCUGCUUUAAUGAAUGGGAGAGAGGUCCUAUGAUUGUACAGGUUCCAAAAUACUUCUGAACAGCUGUAUGUUCUUGGGCAAGUUACUCUCUAUAAGCUUUAUCCAUUUGCUUUCUCAGAAAAGGCCAUUUUGUGGCUGGCCACUCUCCUAACAUUCCUGAUAAACUCAAAAUUCCAGUGGGGAUUACUAGGGACUAGUAAAAUGGUGCAAAAUGAGCAAAAAGAUGCUUGAUUCUCAUAGUUUACACAUCAUAAAAUUCAGCUUCUCUUAGUGCAGCUAGUUUUAAUAUAUGGAUUUUUAAAAGGUAUUUAGAUAGACCUGUAUAUAAAGGCUCAAUCCUUUGGCUAAAUGGGUGAGAGAUUUCAUUGCUCUUAUGUGUUAAAUUGUUACAGUAGAAAUGCUGAGCUGAGCAAUGUAAUUGCCUACACAGGAUGACCACUCUCGCCUUAGCUAAAUCCAAUAAAAUGGAGAUGCAGGUUUCCUAUAGAGUUUGCCAAUACAGCAGAAGAUAUUAUUAUAGCAUCCAAAUUCAGGUGUGUUCACACCAGUUGAUGUUAACUGGCUAUCAAUUAUAUCAAAUCAUAGGUGAAUUGAUAUGGACACAUCUUAGAUAUUUCACUCAAAAUCAUUACAGCCAUUUGUUCUCCAAAACUCAGUUUCCAGCUACCUUAGAAAGAAAUGGCUCAAGGAGCAGAGUAGGUUUAAAACCUUCUAAUUCCCAAAGGAGGAACAACAAAAGAGCACCCUCUUCCCACUGGGUAUCGAACUAUAGUAUACUCCAUAAUUAAUCAUUAAAUACCCAAUAGAAUUCUUUCACCCCAGGAGGUCACAAACAACUUGGGAAGGAUGUCACAAUAUGUAUAGGUGGCGGUUGUGGCCAGGAGGGCCUUUGCACAGCUCUGUGUUGUGUGCCAGUUGCUCCCUUUCCUGGACCAUGAGGCCUGCUCACAAUCGCUCAUGCCUCGUCACUUGCCAAGUGAACUACUGCAAUGCACUUUACAUGGGGCUGCCCUUGAAGAGCAUGGUAACCACAAAAAACUACAGUUCUCAUUCCUUACCUGUUUCCAGGGAGAUAUUGGAAUAUAUUAUUACAAAUCCUAAAAAAGCAACUUUUCAUCAUUAUUAAAUUCAUUAUAUCAGAAACCAAUUUAGAAAGCAAGCUACCUUGCAUGCAUUAUUCAGCUGGCCCAGACAGCAUUUUCAGGUCAUCUGCCUGCAACAGUUAUGUACCUGAUGAUCAUGUGAACGAAGUAAGUGUAGCAAAAGGUAUUUCCGCAUUUGUAGGAAUAUAUCAGAGCAGCAGCAGUGUGAAUGAUGUGCCUUUCCCCAAACAAUAGGAAGGUUCUACUGUGUGCUCAAGAACUCAAGAUAAUGCCUUGCCAGCUUCACAGUAUGUGAAUGUUGCUGAUACAAUGAGGGACAUAGGAGUUUAAAUUAUGCAAUAUAUUAUACUGUAAAAUCGGGUGGUUUUCGUAUGCCUUGAUGUCUCCUAAGGGCCAGCUUGGAAAAUGUCAUGACCUUGCUUUCAAAUUAUAGGACCAAAAGCAUCAUCAUAAACUGUGACUUUUUAUAUUUUUAAUAUCGGUGAUUUGGGGGUGUCUCUUUUUAAAAUGUGG